UAUUUCACUCUCGCAGUCUGGCAACUCAGGGCAGAAACAAAAAGUCAUCAUCUCCAGGCGGCGUUUAGCAUUUUGCAAAUUUCAAUUUUCCUGCUGAUUAAAUUAAGUUAAGUGAGCAGCACCGCCACCAUGUCGAUUCUAGCCUAUAACGGAGGGUGCGUAGUGGCCAUGCGCGGGAAGGACUGCGUGGCCAUCGCCACUGAUCAUCGUUUCGGAGUCCAAGCCCAGACGAUCUCCACGGACUUUAAGAAGGUGUUUCACAUCGCUCCGAGGAUGUUCCUGGGACUCACCGGCCUGCAAACAGACAUCCUGACGGUCCGUGAUCGCCUGAUGUUCCGCAAGAAUCUAUAUGAAACGCGCGAAAACCGAGAGAUGUGCCCCAAGCCCUUCUCUGCCAUGUUGUCCAGCUUUCUGUACGAGCACCGUUUCGGCCCGUACUUCAUCGAGCCGGUGGUGGCCGGUCUAGACCCGAAGACCCUGGAACCUUUUAUCUGCAACAUGGACUUGAUUGGCUGCCCUAAUGCCCCCGACGACUUUGUGGUGGCUGGCACAUGUGCAGAGCAACUGUACGGAAUGUGCGAGACCCUGUGGAAGCCUGAUUUGGAACCGGACCAGCUUUUCGAGGUUAUCGCCCAGUCCAUGAUGAAUGCCUUUGAUCGCGACGCCAUGAGUGGUUGGGGUGCCACCGUCUACAUUAUCGAAAAGGACAAGAUCACGGAGCGCACACUGAAGACCCGAAUGGACUAGAAGAUAAGAGUUCCCUUGGUGAUUUUGUAUACAAUAUUAACCGAAAAACAUAUACAAAUAAAAUUUGUUUAGGUACAACAUCUGA